AUGCUUGGCGACCCUGCCCAUCCGGAACACUCCGGAGAGGCCCUGGACGAACAGGAGAAGGUCGCCAGCGUUGAAGUGCCUCAGGCCUCACCACAAAACCUGGCCCGUGUUCAGGAGGUGCUGCAGUGCAUUUUCGAGUUCUAUGCUUGUCAAGGCACUACGGCAUUGCAAGAGCCCAGGCUCACCAACACACGCUUCACACGAAUGGCAAUGGAUGCAGCGCUCCUGGACGAGCGGCUGACUCCCGCCAAGGUCGACGUCACGUUCAGCCGCGUUUGCGGAAGCUCCCCGCACAUGUUGCUUACGCAGUUUCGUGACGCGAUGGUCCGGCUAGCUGCCAUCAAGUACCCAUCCCUGCCGAGAACGGAGGCAGUGAUGCAGCUUUACCAGAAGCACUUGGCCACUUUUCAGGGCACGACCAAAGGAGUCGUGGCCGAGCUGGACCAAGCUGUGCUCAGCGUACUUGGGGCAGCGAGGUGUCGGGCUCUGCCGGUCGCGGUGUUAAGGGUUUGGGACGCAAGGCAAGGCAGCCCGUCUGCAGCUAUUAGCCAGCUCCCCCCAGCUCCCGUCUUGGCCCUCGCUGCGGGAGGCUUUUGCCGGCCAGCAGCAGGGCUCAGCAUGGACAAUGGUCAGCAAUGGACAAUCAUGACCUACAAGCUAUGCGGUAUGGCCCCGGUGCCCCCUCGCAAGUGUAGAGAGAGAUUUGCGUAG